AUAGACUUAAUUUAUCCCACCGUCAAAUUCGCUAAUCUUGGUGGAAUGGAUGAAAUUUUAUGGGAGGUUUGCUCUUUGCUACAUCACAUUUUGCAUCCUGAAAUAUUUGAGCAUUUUCACUGUGAAAUUCCAUGUGGGUUUCUACUACAUGGACCCCCAGGUUGUGGCAAAACAUUGCUUGCAAAUGCAAUUGCUGGAGAACUUGAAUUUCCAUUAAUUAAGCUAACUGCUACAGAAAUUGUAUCUGGUGUCUCUGGAGAAUCUGAAAAGAAAAUAAGAGAUGUGUUCAAUGUUGCAAAGGCAAAUUCUCCUUGUAUAUUAUUUCUUGACGAGAUUGAUUCUAUAACGCAAAAGAGAGAACUUGCUCAGCGCGAAAUGGAAAAGCGUAUUGUGACGCAACUGCUUUCUUGCAUGGAUGACUUAUGCUCAAACACAAGAAAUCGCGUUCUUGUCAUUGGUGCGACAAACCGGCCGGAUACCUUAGAUCCAGCCUUAAGACGCGCUGGGCGUUUCGAUAAAGAAAUAUCUGUUGGCAUUCCAGAUGAAAAAUGCAGAAAAAGAAUAUUAGAGGUGUUAUGUAGCAAAGCACGUCUUGAAAAUGACUUCGAUUUCGAUAUUCUGGCCCAUCUGACUCCUGGUUUUGUUGGAGCUGAUCUUGCUGCACUAUUAAAUACAGCGUUAACAAGCGCGGUUAGCAGGGUAUUUAAAGAAAUGGAUAGUUCUGCGCAACUAAAUUCACCAUCUGCUAUGCUUCAGUAUCUGAAAAAUCAACGCACAUUAUCUGAAUCGGAUCUGCAAUCUUGCUGCUUAAGCAUGACAGAUUUUCAAGACGCUUUGAAGAUUACUCAACCUUCUUCCAAACGAGAAGGAUUUGCUACAGUGCCUGAUGUUACUUGGAGCAACAUUGGAGCGUUAGAAGAUAUUCGGCAAACUUUGAAGAUGGCGAUAGUUGCACCAGUGCGUUAUCGUCCUCUUUGCUUAGCUUACGGUAUUUCUAAGCCGCCUGGCUUACUACUGGCUGGUCCACCCGGAUGCGGAAAGACAUUAAUUGCGAAAGCCAUAGCGAAUGAAUCGGGUUUAAAUUUUAUUGCUGUCAAGGGGCCUGAAUUAAUGAAUAUGUAUGUUGGAGAGAGUGAAAGGGCAGUACGUCAAGUAUUUCAAAGAGCAAAAUGUUCAGCUCCAUGUGUUAUAUUUUUCGACGAAUUAGAUGCUUUGUGUCCACGACGGUUAGAUAAAGAGACUAACGUUAGUGAUCGUGUAGUAAAUCAAAUGCUAACAGAAAUGGAUGGAGUUGAAAAUCGCAAGCAAGUUUUUGUAAUAGGCGCAACGAAUAAGCCAGAUAAAAUUGAUCCUGCACUAUUAAGACCCGGUCGCUUGGAUAAGACAUUAUAUGUUGGGCUGCCUGAUGCUGCAGAUCGAGCAUUAAUCCUUCAUGCCAUUAUUAAGGUGCGUUCAAAGCCUGCUAAUUUGUUUGAGUCUGUGCAAUUGGAUGAGAUAGCACGCAGUAAACAAUGCGAAGGAUUUUCUGGAGCUGAUCUGGAUGCCCUAGUAACUGAAGCUUGCAUGAUGGCGUUCAAA